GUAUUGAAACAAAACAUCACUGCCAAACAUGGCUGCGCCCAUAGAGAACAUGUUUACAGAAACAAGCAUGUAUUCUUCCGAUGACACGAUUAGGAAAGAAGAUAAAAUUUAUUUCCCAAUCAAGUCAGGAGCGAGUUUAGUUAAGGCUAAGCCAAUAUUUUCAAAUGAUGAUAAAUACCUGUUUGUUUGUUCUGGAUCAGCAGUGAAGGUGUUCAGCACAGAGAGUGGUCUCUGUGUGCGUGAGCUGUGUGGACAUACAAGUUAUGUGACUGGUCUCGUUCUACACCCAAAGAAUAAACUUCAGGUGAUUUCCUGUUCCUUGGAUACAGAGGUCAUCAUCUGGGACUACGAAGAUGGCGUUCUAUUGCGCAGAGUUAGAGCCCUUGGUCCAGUUCAUGGUAUCUACACUGUGGAAGGCAGACCCAGUGUCUAUCUCCUGCUACAGAACGCCCUGUCAGGCUACAACCUGUGUGAAAUGACGCUAGAUAAGAACACCAGUUCUACCAGUUCUUCAGCUACAACUACGCUGUUGCACAACUGCAACUCGAGUCCAGACAAUGUGGCUGUGGGACCAAAGGGUUUCUUUUGUGUCACCACCAUCGAAGGGGAACUGUUUGUGAAAAACCUAGCAGCAAAAAAGCAGAAAAUUAUAACCCACAGACUAGAGGAAGGUCAAGAGUUCACAUGCGUGGCCUGUCACCCCAACGGGCAUUGCCUAGCAACGGGAUGCAAGGACGGCCGCAUCCUGCUCUGGUACAAGUUCCUGGAGCCACAGAGUGCUGUGAGGAGUCAGCUUCAUUGGCACGCUCUGCCUGUGCUGGACCUUGCAUUCACUGCUGAAGGUUCGUACCUGCUCAGUGGGGGUCACGAGUGUGUCCUGGUCAAGUGGCACAUGGACUCGGGCUACAAAGACUUCCUGCCACGCCUGGGCUCACCCAUCAACCAUGUGACCUGCUCCCAUGACAACCAGCUGUACGCCACAUGCCACACAGAAAAUGUUAUCCAAGUGAUCAGCAGCACGUUCACCAUCAAGCAGGUGUACCAGGGCCUGACUCGCACCCACAACCUGCACGGGCCACACCACCCCUGUCCCACGGGCCUGCUGUGUGACCCACGGUCAGGGGCUCUCGUACUCAACGGGAAACAUGGACACCUACAGUUCUACUCUGUGCAUGCUGACAGACAGAUGUACAAUCUUGACAUUGUCUGCCAGAACUUCAUCUCAGCCGAGAAUCUGGACCGACCCCUGGUGGUGACAGAUGUCACAUGUGCUGCAUUUGAUGACACUGGCACGUGGCUGGCAACAGUGGAGUACUGGAACGAUGACAUCAUCACACCGGAAAUCACGCUGAAGUUCUGGUUCUUUGAUGAGGAAAAACAGAGCUAUGUACUGAACACAACAGUGGAGGCACCACACGUGGAGGCAGUGCACACGCUGAAAAUGAGGCCUGGGUCAGGGGUCAAGGGGUCACAGGCCAUGGCAGUGACUGCAAGCAAUGAUGGCAAGUUCAAACUGUGGCGGGUGACUGAUGACACUGAUAUCUACAGAUCCAACACAAAGUGGACAUGUGAGUCUGUGGGUUUCUAUAGAGACCUGGCAGCAGGAAGUGUGGAGUUCUCGGACGAUGGUUCCCUGCUUGCUGUGGUGUUUGGGCCCUGCAUCACACUGUGGGAACCAGACAAUAAUCUCCUCAGGCACACUCUGGUCUCCAACACUUCCUCACACUGUGUCAAACACGUGAUGUUUGGUCGUCAUGGUUGCAGCCAGUACCUGCUGAGUACCACACAAAACACUCUCACAGUGUGGAGUCUUAUCACAUGUGGAAUCCUAUGGACAGUGGAUAUCAGCGUGCAGUGUGUGGCCCAGGAUCCCUUGUCUGAUGUCGUGGCUCUCUUCACCGCAAACAAGGACUUGUUUGUCUUCCGCCCCUCUGACCCGACACCACUGUUUAGCCAUGUUGCUGUAAGUAAGAGUGCAGUGGCCAGUGCAGCAUUCAUACCUCACACCAAGAAGAGUCAUUACAGGGGGACAACUCUGUCAUGGCAGGCGCAGUCAGAGUUAUACUUCAUGAAUAACGAUCAGGAGCUAAUCACAGUGGCUUUGAAUGACACAACGAAGACUGCUAGGAAUAAGCAGGAUGUGGUUCAAUUCGAGUCCAACCUUCCGAGGUCAGCACUAAGUUUGUUAAUGAGUCACCAUAGAAACAAGUCUGGUUCAAAGGUCAACACUGAGAAGGUUACAAGACAACCAACUGGCAAGUUUCUACGAGAGCUGUUCAGUUCGGCCUGCCAUGUACAGCCGUCAGUGAAGAGUCUGUGUAGACCCUUCAUACAGUCUCUACUCAUCCCCUCAGCCCAGUUCAGCAAAGAACAACGAGACAGUGACAGUGAUGAUGAUGAGGAGACUGCAGUAUACCAUUCCCAGACUGUGUCACAGGACUCUGGACUGGAUUCAGACAUGGAUGUAGAAAUAUCUGUGAACCAGUCUGCCAGUGGCAAGGAUAGUGACGCAUCAGAUACAGACAGUGGGAUGAGAAGAAAUAUUGUCAAACAACAUGUUCUUAAACAGUCAGGUUCAACAAAGCUCCCUUUGGUUUCCAUGGUUUCAGAUAAAACUGUAUCGUCAAUGGACACAACUGAUGCUGAUUUAGAUGAAAUACUGUCAGAAAACGUAGACUGGAUCAAUUAAUUCAGUAUGUUUGUGUAAACUAAUGUUUCAUGAUCUAAAUAAAUACUGUGUACAUUUA